AUGGAUAAGUUUAUAACCAAAAAAACACAAAAAUUUUUGGAAAAUGAAACACAAACUGUUAAUGAAGAUAAUCUUGAUGAUAAUGAUUAUGUUGAUGUUGAUGUUGAUGUUAAUGAUAAUGCUAAUGAUAAUGUUGAUGUUGAUGAUAAUGCUGAUUUUCACACUUUUGAUAUAUUUGAUCCAAAAAAUUGGGAUGUUCUUGAUUCUAACAUGAUAAACAUUUUAACAUUGAAAGGUCCUAAAAGAGAUUUAUCCAUUAUAAAAGGUCCUAAAGAUAAGCAUUUAAGAAGAUUUUAUGCAACAUAUUAUACUAAAACUUUACCAAAUAGGAAAAAAUGUGAUAGAGAUUGGCUUGUUUAUUCUAAAGAAAUUGAUAAUUUUUUUUUUGUUAUUGUUGUAAAAUAUUUCGAAAAGGGUGUGGAAAUGGUCAAUUAA